CUAGUUUACUGGUUGCUGGGCGACCGGAAGACGUAAGAAAAAGAUGGCAGGUUAGUUCGUCGAGGAAACAACAAUCACUGCCAGUUUCUUUAAAAUGAGCAAUAAAAAACUUCCCCCCGUCAAAAAUGGGGAUGAAGAGGGCUUGCGGUUUACGAACAGAAAGAAAAUUUCGCCAGCAGAACUGAAAAAACUUGCUCCUCAGCAAAGGAGCAGAUACUUAGCGUAUGAGGAGCCAUCUAAAGAAGUGACUGAUGCGCGCCAGGCCUCAAUGAAGAGGCUUAUUGACCAAAAGAAGCAAUAUGAAAAACAAUUUGUUCCAUUGUCGAACGAGGAAGAAGAAGAGAGGGACAAGCAUGCCAAGUUAAUUGGACAAUUAAAAGCUGCUGAGGCACGGAAUCGACUGAGGAUUAUGCGUCUGCGAUACCAGGCCAAUAGGGCCCAAGAGAUCUCUCACCUGAUAGCAUGUCAGCCUGUAGCCCUGAAGGCUGUGAGGCUUCAAGCCCUAGUCCCACCCUACUUCGAGAUGAAAGACAAGGGAGACAAUCUAGACAAAUUUGAUAGAAAACGAGUGGAAGACCUUCUUGAAGAUGCUAAAGGACUGAUCACAAACCGCACCAGCUAAGAUGUACAUGUACAGAUCUCAGACUCAAGAGUGUUUAUUGUGUGUACAUGUAUAUUUUUGUUAGCUAGGAUAUCAGUGCAUGAAUGUCCUUAGUUUCGUAUUGUGUAAACAAUGUGUCAGUGGCUAAGAAGAUGCAAUUGUACUGGCCUUUGAGUGUUUAUUCUGUGUGCUUGUAUUUCUAGCUAAGAUGCCAGUAUAUGGAUAUACAGGUUUCGUCUUGUAAACAAGUGUUAUGGACAAAAGGGUAGUUGUGCAACUGGUAAAGUUUGUCAUGUGUACCUGUUUCUGGAGAAGAUGUCAGUCAGUGUGGUGGCUUUUGAGUUUUAUCAGGUUAAGGGGUGUACAUAGGCUAAGAAGACACAGACAAACUUGAAAUUGGUAGUGUGUACAUGUAUUUUGUUUAUAAUUAUGUGUGAUUGGUUGAGUAACAUAGCACAAAUUUUGUUGUGUGUAUUUGUGAGACUGGCUGUGCAGACUAGACUAGUGCUGGGUGGUAUCAGCAACAUUGAUUACCCGCAGUACUUUACUGACACAGGACCUUGAAUACCGCCACUACUUAACGCUUGGUGUUGGCACCUUCCUAGUGCCAGUAAAGGAACGCUUGGUACUAGUACCUUCCCAGUAUCGAUAUCUAAGGCCUAGUGCCAGAAAUGAGACCGUCUAUGGUAGUACCAGGAGUACACGCACAGGUCCUGUACCAAUAUGGGGAGUAUUGUGAUAUGGGGUACCUGCCUAGCCCUAGUGAAGACCACAGGAAGCUUGCCAUGUUGUUAACAACCUCAGUCCCAGCCCGUCGUCCUGAUGGUCUCAAUCGAAUCUCACUAGAAUUGGACCGGGAUCAAUCACACAACCCUCGAUGGUCUCCAGAUUGGAGACGUUAUGAGUGGAAAAAAAGUAUGUUUAUGAGUCACUUAAUGUCGACAUGACACUAUUUGGUACCUCAAAGUAGAGGCAGUUGAGUUAUUUCUGUUGGUUUUUAUCACUUAACCCUUUGAGCCUUUGCCACCGGUACACCCGUAAAACUUACCAUAUGCCUAGCCACCGGUGCAUCGGUGAGCAAGACCCCCAUCCCCAACCAGGCCUGCCUGAGAAAAAAAUACGUACAAAAAACAGUGUUUACUACACAAGACAUUGACAAUUUUGAAGAUCGUUCUGAAUUAGAUGCUGGUAUUGACAAGGACCACCCUGAGGGGGAUAUGGAAUGUGAUUCUGAUGAUCAUAUGAAUGUCAGGAGCUCUGGCAGAGGGGCACGGUAACCUCAGGAGGUCAGCGCUCAAAAGGUUAAACAUAUUUUCAUUUAUAUCAUUGAUUCAUCAGCUCAACAAGGGAAAGAAGGGGAGAGUGAACCAUUUUGUAUAUAAAAUAUAUAUUUUUAAAGAUUUUUUUAUAAAUCACUGACACCUACUUUUCACUUCGUUGUAAUUAAAAAUCAGUUCACAUCCACAA